AAUCACAACUGAUCGUCCGUGUGCGGGUAGUCGCUUUUAAUCUUCUCUGUGAGCAUAUAUAGCUAGCUAACUAAAUUCUUUUGUAAUAUUAACCAGCAAGUUCCUCAUAGGGAGUUUGUCAUUUAUAAAUCCGCUUUUUGGAGCCAAAGGCUUUAGAGGAAGAUGGAUCUGCCUGAAGAAAACACCGCCGUCUACGAGUUUGAUGCACCAUCGCAUGUCAUUGACUUCGGUUCUUUGGAUGCAGACGACAAUGCUGACGAGUGGUUCGAUCAGAUGGCCGACCCAAAUGCUGCGGGUCAGCUCACUACCCCGCAGCCCGAGAAGCCGCUGGGCAGACCCCGCAGAAUGGACCUCCCAAGGGCUGUGGUGUCUCCCCGACGUGACGAUGCCAAGUCCGCCACAGAUCCAGACCAAGGGAAUGCGCCGGCCCUGCCGAAUGUUGUGACCUCAUGGGCUAAUGCCGCCCCAUCCACGUCAGGUCAAAAUCAGAGGAACGGCCCCUCCCGCCAACCACGCAGGGUGUCCAAGCGCAUGGAAUCCACCAGACGGCAGAAUCCAAGGGGGGGACCUGCUGAUGUGCCUACCACUCCGCCGGUUAAGAAGCCACGCAGGAGCUCCGUGGCGAGGCCCUCGCGCCGCAGCGGAGCGGCCGGGGCUCAGAGGGUCCGCAGGUCGGUUCUGCCCUCCUCCGGCCUCGGGCGGAGCACGAAGCUGAAGAGCUCGGAGCAGCAGGAGGUGGAGCGCAUGCAGGCCAUGCAGAAGGAAGUCGGCGAGCAGCGCAGGAGGAACGAGGCCAGCCUGAAGGCGGCCGUGGCAGGAAGUCAGCCCGCCAAAAAGCUGGUGCUGUCCACCACCGUCCCGGUGGAGUUCCACUUCCGCACGGACGGGCGCCUGAAGCCGACCGACGCGGCCCAGGACUACAAGGAGGUGGACUUCAACUCCCAGCUUCGCAAGCCCCUGGCCGCCCCAGCAAAUGGUCCGAGGGGGGCCACGGUCCCCAAGCCCUUCAAACUGACGGUCCCGGCCAAGCGCAAGCAUUCGGAGAGGGAGGCCUACGUGUCCAUGGCGGAGCAGGUCCAGCAGUUCCAGAAACGCACGCCGGCUCGCUACCACCUCCGCAGCCGCCAGAGGGAGGAGAAGGGUCCGUCCCCAGUGAGGAGCGAAAAGCUGAGAAUCACGCGCCCCCAGACGCCCCUGCUCAUGAAACGACCCAAGGCCCGGCCCGUGACGGUCAAGAGCACCGCAGAGGUGGAGGAAGAGGAGCUGGAGAAGAUCAGGCAGUUUAAAAUCAAACCGCUGGAGCUGAACAGGAAGAUCUUGGACGGGGUGGUGAUGCCCAAAAAGCCGGCUCCUAAAGAAGCCACGAAGACCGAAGCCUUCCACCUGGAGACGGACCGGCGCAUCCACGAGCGGCAGGCGGGCCGGAAGCCCGACGAGCCGCAGGACGACACCUUCCACCCCCGGCCCGUCCCCCUCCGCAUCCUCAAGGAAGUGGUGGGUGUUCCAGAGAAGCGCGUGCAGCAGCCCACCGUCCCAGAAUCGCCAGCCUUCGCUCUGAAGAACCGCGUGCGCGUGGAGCGCAAGGUGGAACCGGAGAAGCCCGUGUCGGUGGUGAAGGCCCACGCCGUGCCGCACCUGGGCCUGCCCGUCCAGCCCAAGAGGACGCAGGUGGAGGUGUGCCCCUUCUCCUUCGACGCCCGCGAGCAGGAGAGGCUGGCUCUCAAGGAGAAGAGGCUGGAGGAGCUGCGCAAUGAAGGGGUGCCCAAGUUCAAGGCGCAGCCGCUGCCGGACUUCAGCGCGGUUCACCUGCCUGCGAAGAAGGUGGCCGUGCCCACCCAGGUGGAGCCCUUCCAGCUGCUGAUCGACCAGCGCGGGGCCACCAAGAGCGAGCGCUGGGAGAGGCAGAUGAAGGAGGAGCUGAAGCAGCAGAUGGACGCUGCCACGUUCAAGGCCUGCCCCAACACAGUCGUCUACAAGGAGCCCUUCCUGCCCAAGAAGGAGAAUCGGUCUGUUGUGGACGACACCUGUCAUCCCACAGUUACCGACGGCUUCCUGCUCAACACGGAGCGCCGGGCCAAGGAGCGGCUGGAGUUCGACCAGGGCGUGUGCGAGAAGGAGGCGCUGCGCGCGCGCAUGGAGGAGCAGAGGAGGCGGGACGAGGAGGAGAGGGAGCAGGAGGAAAUCGCCCGCCUCAGGCAGGAGCAGGUGUACAAAGCUCAGCCGAUCCGACACUACAAACCACUGGAGCUGAAGCGGGGGGAGGUGCCCCUGACCGUUCCCGAAUCGCCAAACUUCUCCGACCGCUUCCGCCUCUGAUCCCGCUUCUGACCUCUGUGAACCCCCCCCCCUGCGAUUCCUGACCCGGUGCUUUUAUUGUGCUGCAAUUUGCCGAGUUUUAUUUAUGUAUUCAUUUGUUCUUGUUUUACAUUAAACCGUUUUAUUGAA